AUGGCCAAAUCACCAUUCGCCGCUCAGAUUACCCUACAGUAUACGUUGCAUCAAGACACAGACAAAGGAGUAGAGGAUGUUCGUUCUAGCGUGUCUAAUGCGGCUGAGCGAAGAAAGGCACAAAAUCGAGUCCGUCAGAAAGCUUGGCGGAGAAAAAAGAAGCUUGAGCGAUCACAGUUUCGCAUAGUGAAAUUUGCAACCGUUGAGUCGAACAGUUCUCCCGGGCAAAAGCUUGCACCCUCGGAGACUAGCUCGUCGGGCUCUAGCGGCUCAUUAGAGGAUAGCUCGCUGAUGGUAAGAGCUACGGGUCAAAAUUUCUCCCAUUCACACUCGGAUGUAACUCUGUGGCAAGAGGUAGAUCUGCUUAAUGUCUUCAAUUCAGCUGCGGGUCUUUCUCAAAUCAAAGCUUGCGAGCGUUCUCGUACAGCUGUCGCACGCGCACAAGGCAAUAUGGGUGAUUCGGUGAUUAUAGAGUGGUUGCAAAAAUGGCCACAAAGUGCUACUACGAUGGGAUCUCCGAGAAGCGACACGCUUUUAGUUCUCGUCAAAGUCAAUGUAUUUCGAGCUCUCAUCAGCAAUUCCAUAACUCUUGGAAUUCCAUCUGACGUCAUCACGAACGAUAAUGCAACCUCUGCAUUUUGUCCGCCAUCUGUUGGUGUGAACGGCAUCCUCGCGUUGCCGCCAACAUUGCGGCCCACAGAUCUUCAAACCCAGAUCCCCCAUCAUCCUUGGAUUGAUUGUUUGCCUGUGCCUCAGAUGCGGCAAAAUUUAAUCCGAGCCGGAAACACUUAUGAUGUUAUGGACCUUUGUGGAGACUUGGUUGGACUUUUCAGUGCUGGCACUGGGAGAACAGGCAUGGUCAUCUGGGGAGAGCCGUGGGAUGUGGCUGGUUGGGAGGUGACUGAGGGAUUCUUGGAGCGUUGGGGAUGGACGAUCAAGGGAUGCUGGGAUUUAUUUGAGUCUACAAAUAGAUGGAGGGCAGAACGAGGUCAAAUGGCUCUACAAUUCGACAAAAUCUUAAUCUGA